AUGGAAGGUGCUACUUCAUUUACAAGUGCAAUGACCCUUACCCAAUUGGGGGUACCUCAUGUGCCUCAACGCUAUAUUCUUCCUUCCUCACAACGCCCAAACCCCGACCAUAUUAAGAACCCCUCUACCAACCUUCCUAUUAUAGACCUUUCCUCUUUACAGCAUCCUUCUCUUCGAUCUCAAACAAUGGAUGAGAUUCAGAUUGCUAGUAAGGGGAUAGGGUUCUUUCAGGUGAUUAAUCAUGGAAUUCCCCCAUCAGUCAUGAAAGAUGCCCUAGAUGCUGCAACCGAGUUCUUUAACUUGCCCCUUGAGGAGAAAAUGCUUCAUGCAUCAGCUAAUGUUCACGAGCCAGUUAGGUAUGGGACAAGUUUGAGUCAUGAUAGGGAUGAAAUUCACUUUUGGAGGGACUUCAUCAAACAUUACUCCCAUCCAAUUUCCAAUUGGAUCCAUCUAUGGCCAUCAAACCCUCCAAGCUAUAGGGAAAAGAUGGGCAACUAUGCGGAAGCUGUUCAAGUGCUACAAAAGCAACUCAUGGAAGUUGUCCUAGAAAGCUUAGGGCUAAACCCUAAUUACUUACAAGACGAUGUUGAGAAUGGCUCACAAGUCCUUGCUGUGAACUGCUAUCCAGCAUGUCCUCAACCAAAGCUCACGUUAGGCAUGCCACCUCACUCAGACUAUGGCUCCCUAACCAUUUUACUUCAAAGCUGUCCAGGCCUUCAAGUCAAGGACCACAACAAGAACUGGCUCUCAGUUCCUGCUGUUGAAGAAGGUCUUAUAGUACAGUUUGGAGACCAAAUGGAAGUAAUGAGCAACGGUCAAUACAAGAGUGUCAUUCAUCGGGCAACUGUUAGUUUGGAGAAAAAGAGGUUUUCAAUAGCAAGUCUUCACAGUUUUGCUAUGGACAAAAAAUUGGGGCCGGCAGAGAAACUUGUGGACUUAGAGCAUCCAGCGUUUUAUAAGGAAUUCAGCUUCAAAGAUUUUCUGGAUUACUUCUCAAACAAUGACGUCAUUAAUGGUCAAAGGUUCAUAGAUACAUUGAAGAAAAAUCCCAUGAAACAGUGAGGCAGCGUUUAAGAGAUAUCUUGCAUUCCCUGCUUCCUUUCUAUUUUCAUCAAUCUAGUUUGCUUACCUUCUCUCUCUCUCUCUCUCUCUCGUUUCGAUUUUUAGUAUUAUGUAUAAUUAAGUGGUUUUUGUUUUGAUUACUCUCCCUGCUUGUGCACGCU